AUGGGUAAAGGGUUAAAUAAGUCGCAAAUAAUCAAUGAAGUUUUGCUGAUUAUAUUUGGUUAUUUAUCUUCAUUUAAUCUUUGUCAAAUCUUUCUUGCUAUGAAAAAUGCUCGUAUCGAACAUCUUCUUACUUCUAUACAUCACUCGUUAGAUGCUAGUUCAAUGCGUUAUGAACAAUUGCAUCAAUUUCUCAGCAAUACUAAUAAUGAUACUACAAAGCGUGUUGCUGCUUUGAUAGAUACUGUUGUACUUCGUGAUUAA